AUCAGUAAUGCCUAUUUACUGUACAUAAUAGUGUGCUCAUGUAAGAGUUUACUUCACGAGCCCAAUUCCUGACUCGGCAAUCGCACCAGCUGCUUUCAAUUUCUGCCGAAGCGGCCUUUAGCCGCUCCUGUAUUUGCUUGUCGCUACCACCUUUGUAUUCUUUAAUAAGUACUUCUUGCUACUAUUGGGGAAAAUGGACGGAAUGAACCCUUCUCAGCUAAAAACGAUCCUGGAGGAUACCCAGGCUUCCCUUGCUGCGGCUCUAGGACGCAUCGAGGCCUUUCGAAUACGAGAAAAGCAAAUCAUGAGCGAGCUGACGCAAUUGCGUCAACAAGUGCACGGCGCUGGUCAGAGCGACCAACAAUCAUCAGCACCUCAGCCCGUCGGUGGCGCCAAACCAGCUGCCAUCAUGCCGGCGUCUCAACCGGCAUACCCCGCAACGCCUUCGCCGGCGGUACCGGCGCAGGCUGCCCAACCAACGAAGGCGGAUUACCAGCCGGCCUGGACGAGCCCCAGCUCACAGCCCGUCUACAUCACGAACUGCGACGGGGACUACCCAAUUCAUCUCAUCAACGGGUCCAAGAAGGUCCCGGGCAGCCUGAUAGUGACACCCGAGUAUGUGGACUUUGUGGAGGUGCGGGCGCGCAUCCGGCAAGAGGACUUUGUGGGCAUCAGCACCGUUAAAACGGAUGCGCGACCCAAGAAGCGGUCCGGCGGCAGUCUGUUUCUGUGUUGCGCUGCGCCGCCGCCUGCCGGUGAUGCUGACGGACGCUCCGCUGCUGCUGCUGCCGGUUGCAAGGGGCAGGACGAAGCGGCGGAACGAGGGACGCAGGAGGGGACGUCGAGCAGCGGCGGGGACGGCGGAGGCGGCGGCGGGUCGGGCGUGUGGCAGAUGCUUUGGAGCGCAAAGGGAGUGCCGCAGCGGCAGGUGUUUGAGGCGUCGCAUGCAACGCGGGAGGCGCUGCACCGCCACACGCAGCGCUGGCUGGGGGAGGUGGAGGCGGAGGGGCCGCCGGGGGAGCCGACGGCUGCCGGGGACGACGGGGCCAUAGAGAUAGCGGUACCGCGCAACCUCACAGUCACCGACGCCAGUCUGCGGCUGCUGGGGGAGCCCUCCCUCAUCCUCAACGACAGCCAGACGCGCGCGCUGGCCUCCGCCAUCCCGCCCCUGGAGCGCAUGCGCGAUUGGUCGCUGUCGUACAGUACGGCCAAGCACGGCAUCAGCUUGCAGACGCUUUACCGCAAGGCGGUGAGCGGCAUGCCCACCAUCCUACUUAUCAGGGACUUUGGAGGCUACACGUUCGGCUGCUACACGCCAGACAGCUGGCGCAUCGCCCCGCGCUACUACGGCUCCGGGGAAACCUUUGUGUUCCAGCUGGAGCCCUACCGUGUGGCCUACCCCUGGCGCUCCCUCAGCAAGCUCAAGAACGACUACUUCCAGUACGGCACCCCCGAGUGCCUGGCGGUGGGCGGGCUGGGCCACUUUGCCAUCUGGGUUGACUCGGAGUUGCACUCGGGGUCGUCGGGCAUCUGCGGCACCUUUGGCAGCCCCUGCCUAGCCACCAACGAGGAGUUCAAGGUGCAGUACGUGGAGAUGUGGCAGGCGCUGGGGUAGAGAGGGCGACGGACGGCAGGUGGUGGGUUGUUAAGGUUAGGGGCUGCGGUUGCUGGUGCUGGGUUGCAUGCAUGGAGAUUUAGCAUGCGGGGGAAGAAGAGCUUGUGAGGGCUUGGUGGCAAGGGGCUUGGCUGGUGAAGGUCUGCCCAGUGCCCACACAUGGAAGUGGCGUACAGCUAUGCCGUACAUUCAUUGAAUGGUAGGAUUUGGUGCGGCUUGCUAGGAGUCAGUGGAUGCUUUAAGGAUUCCUUUGGAUGUCGGUAAACGAUUGGGAGUGGUUCCCAAAGAGCAAUAAUAACUGAUGUGCUAAGAAUGGUUUUUCACAUGUUGGCCGCAUUGUUUGCUGCCUGGUAACCCGUCCUGGCUGUGGGAAAUAAGGCAAAUAACCCGCAUUGCCAGCACACUGUAUAUGCCUGACGCCUAUUCCAGUUCAUAUCACUUUCCACC